AGCGGACUACGUGCCGUGCCGGGCCAUGGCCUAGGCCCUUCUGCCCGGCCCCGGCCGCAAUGUCCUCUUUGCCCUGCCCCCUCCCUGGCAGGGACGCUUCCAAAGCCGUCUUCCCGGACAUCGCCCCCGUGCCAUCUGCAGUGGCUCCCUACCCUCUAGGCCUGUCCCCCGCAACCGCAGCCGCCUCCGAUUUGCCCUACUCUGGGCCAUACGGCCACCUCCUGCCCUAUCCCUACACCGGGCCGGCGACGCCCUCAGACGCUUACCUACCUGGCCAGCAACCUACGGCGCCCUCUCAGCCCUCUCAGCAGGAGCGGGAAGCAGAUGCAGAGAAGCCGUCGCUAUCCCCGGAGCCCUUGGAGCGGCUCCCGCAGGCCCCGACCAAAAAGCUGCGCAAGCCUAGGACCAUCUACUCGAGCCUGCAGCUGCAGCACCUAAACAAGCGUUUCCAGCACACGCAGUACCUGGCGCUGCCUGAGAGGGCCCAGUUGGCUGCACAGCUCGGCCUCACCCAGACCCAGGUAAAGAUCUGGUUUCAGAAUAAACGUUCCAAAUACAAGAAGCUCCUGAAGCAGAACUCCGGGGGACAGGAAGGGGAGUUGCUUAGUAGGCCCCUCUCCCUGUCUCCCUGCUCCACACCCCUGCCAUCCCUCUGGGAUCUACCCAAGGCAGGGGCCCUGCCUACUGGGGGCUAUGGCAAUAGCCUUGGAGCCUGGUAUCAGCAUCACUCCCCGGACGUUCUGGUUCCGCCUCAGUUGAUGUGAGCCUGGGCAUGGGUAGGUCAGUCCCCCAGCCCUCCUACAAAGCCCAGGACCCAGCCCACCUGCACCCCUUCUGGGCCUGGGGGACACCAGCUCCAGAUGGGUUUUCUCAGGAUGAUGGGGAGAAAAAAGGGUAGUAUGGAGCCCUGUUCCCUUUGCCCCAUAACCCAGACAGCCUAAUAAAAAACUUUGGUCUUAGCUACUGCCCCCCACCACUACCAUGGACGGUACACCUUCCCUCCAGCUGGUCAAAGGCUCUGGGGAGAGUCAUUGGCUGGAGUUCAGGCUGUUGCCAGGACCCCUGGUCUUGCCACCCCUUCUUUGAAAGGAUAACAGUUCCAUCAUAGCCUGGGGCCAAAACCAGCAAGAAACACUGAAUGUUUUUCCUCUGUGUGCCUUGGGUCUUGCCCAACCCAUUUGCGGAGCGAGAACGGAAGUGAAGUAUGUAUCCAGUCUUCCAAUGGACGGCCAUGAGGCCCCACCCACCGAUUGUUCCUGGAGGUCAGUCCGUCACCCCAUAACUGAUACACCUACUUACCCUCCUGUGAGGGAGGGGAAUGCUGAAAAUGUGGAGUUUGUAGACCUCUGAGUAAUUUAUGUUCUCUUCCUUAAAAAGCCCUCUUUUCCCCAUCUACCAUUUUGAGUAGGCAGUGGAUCCAAUUAUCCUUAUAAUUCAAUGGCUACUUAUUAAUUACCCCCCACAAUACAUAACAACCCACAUGUACAUACUCUUGGGAAACACAGUAGGGUAACAUUUUGGGCAAAAAGGGGACAAAUAGGCUCUCUAGAUGAGUGUAAGUAGAGACACCCCAAAUAGGUGGGGCGGGCCCAACAAUUCGGCUUUUUAUGGUUGUCUCUCUCUAAAUGAAAUACUCCCGCAUUUAACCAGUUGGACUAGCAUCCCCAAUCUCU